AUGGCAUCAUUCAGUGCGCUCUCGCAGCUCAACAAUUUGAAUUCACGAGUCGUUAUCUCUACUGUCCAUGAAAAUGCAUUUCGAAGAAGAAAUGCAAGAAUUCGAAUGGCAGCGUCAAGUAAUAGUGGAAGUGGAGAAGUGGCAGUGGCAUUCGAGGAGGGACAAUUGGAAAGACCCAAAUGGACCGGUGAAACCCCACUUUCUCGCUUUGUUGGAGCUCUCAUUUCCUUCAAACCUUUAUAUUCUGUACUCAAACUCGGUGCAAGACAAGUCCUCAUCAGUACAGCUGAGAAAACCAACAUUCCGUGGAGGGAAAUGACAAAGGAGGUUUUGGAUUCGGAUGUCUAUAAGGAGCUGGAGAGCAUUGAGGACCGCUCAAUUGUGUAUCCUGAUUAUUAUCUCAAUCCUUUCCAUGCAUAUGAUGAGGGAAACCUUUCUUGGCUGGCUGCAGCAGAAGCAGAACCUGCAACUAUGUCAAUGGUGAGACGAGCGAUACCUUAUGCUUCUUCACUUGAUGAAGCAAAUCAAAUAGUCCGUGGAAAUUGGCUUCAGGCUAUUGAAAUUCAUCAUCAGAAAUAUUCAGGAAACUCCUCAAUCAGUGACAUUAUUGAUAUUGGAUGCUCUGUUGGAGUGAGCACAAGCUUUCUUGCUGACAAAUUUCCAUCUGCCAAAGUUACUGGACUGGAUUUAUCACCUUACUUUCUUGCUGUUGCUCAAUUUAAGGAGAGGAGAAGCAACGAGAGAAAAGAUUCAAUCAGGUGGAUACAUGGAAAUGGUGAAAACACAAGCUUGCCUUCAAAAUCUUUUGACAUUGUCUCGGUCGCUUAUGUGUUUCACGAGUGCCCUGAAAGAGCAAUUAAAAAUAUAGUGAAGGAAGCAUUUCAGCUUCUUCGACCUGGAGGCACUUUUGCUGUGACCGAUAACUCGCCAAAAUCAAAGAUUCUUCAGGAACUAUCACCGGUGUUAUUUACAUUGAUGAAGAGCACUGAACCUUUUCUGGACGAAUACUACCUUACAGAUCUUGAAGGUACCAUGCGAGAAAUUGGUUUUGUCAAUGUGCAGACUGUUAUGACAGAUCCAAGACACAGAACUGUAACUGCCACUGUGCCUUACUGA